UCUUGACGUCACUGCAUCCCGGAGCCAGACGAGGCGCAGCCAUUUUACUCCGCGAAAUAAACUUCAGCCUCGUAUUGAGAAGGCAGGAAAAGAAAAAUCUUCUCCAGCCCGAUGGACAUGUCCUGAUCCACGGCUCGGAUGGGUUCUGCUUUCGAGUCGACAGAGUUCGGCUGCCUUGCUUAAAGGGCCGGAGACCCAGACCGCUCUCUCUCGCUCUCCCCGGCCGCCCCCCUCCUGAGGCAGGAUGGAGCCCUGGGCGUCCCGGCAGAAGCUCGCAGCAGAGGGGGAUUGUGGGAUAUCCAGCCUGCUUGUGCCGAGCCCACAGAGCGAGGCGGUGACCCACGAGAUGGAGGAGCUGUCGCUGCAGCCCACGCAGAACCUGCCGCCGCUCAACGAGCGCAAGAACGUCCUGCAGCUGCGGCUGCAGCAGCGGCGGACCCGGGAGCAGCUGGUGGACCAGGGCAUCAUGCCGCCUCUGAAGAGUCCAGCAGCGUUCCACGGCCAGAUCCGCAGCCUGGAGCGAGCCAGGACGGAGAACUUCCUGAAGCAUAAGAUCCGCAGCCGGCCGGAGCGCGCCGAGUUGGUCCGGAUGCACAUCCUGCAAGAGACGGGGGCGGAGCCGUCGCUGCAGGCGACCCAGAUGAAGCUGAAGCGGGCGCGGCUGGCCGACAACCUGAACGAGAAGAUCGCCCAGCGGCCCGGCCCCAUGGAGCUGGUGGAGAAGAACAUCCUGCCGGUGGCGUCCAGCCUCAAGGAGGCCAUCAUAGUGGGCCAGGUCAACUACCCCAAGGUUCUGGAGGAGGACGGUUGCUACGACGCCGUGUCUCCGGAGCAACCGGCCAGCCAGGAGUCUCAGGGCUCCGCCCCCUCACCUGGAGAGAGCAGAGUCCCGGAAACCCCGCCCCCAUGCCCGGCGCCCGCAGUACUGCCUGCCAUCGCCAUGCUGCAGCCUCUUCCAAGCGCAAACUUCCCAAAGUCGCCCUCAGCCAAUGAGCAGCCUCUCACCUGUCCACCUGUCCAGCAUGCCCCGCCCACCGCCGCACCGGCUGCUUCCAAACCGGGUCCGACUCUGGUCAAGCAAAGCCAACAGAAAAGUCUGUCUGAGAAAAGCCGCAGCAAGAAGGGCAAAGAGGCCAAGUCACGUGUGAAGAAACUGAAGUACCACCAGUACGUCCCGCCGGACCAGAAGCAGGACGCCGGUGAGCCGCCCAUGGACUCGUCGUACGCCCGCCUGCUGCAGCAGCAGCAGCUCUUCCUGCAGCUGCAGAUCCUCAGUCAGCAGCAGCAGCAGCACUACAACUACCAGACCAUCCUGCCAGCGCCGCUCAAGCCGGCGGCGGAGAGUCAGAGCAGCGGCAUCGGCGCCCGCCCCGCCUCCAUCGUAAUGUCUCUGCCCACCGGCCCCCCGGCGCCGCCCGCGCCGCUAAGACCCAACAACCUGCUGGCCAAUCGCAAGCCAGGAGUCCUGCCAGCCAACCUGGACGAGAUGAAGGUGGCAGAGCUGAAGCUGGAGCUGAAGCUGCGCGGUCUGCCGGUUUCCGGAACCAAAACGGACCUGAUAGAGAGACUGAAGCCGUUCCAGGAAAACUCCUCCCUGCUGGCUCCGCCCGGCGUUCCCACAUCCACCGCGGCCUCCUCCGUGCCCAUGGAGGUCUCUUCCUCCUCCUCCUCCUCCUCCACGCCUGCUGUCGUUCUUCCAGUCCAGCAGGCGGCGCCGGAGAGGAUGUGCUCCACCCCGCCUAACUCGCCGAUCCCCUUGGACCCUGCCGCUCUGCUGCCGGACGUCAGCAUGUCUGAGGCCGAAGCCCAGCCGGGUUCUGGUUCCGGUUCGCCCCGGCCGGAGGAGCGGGACCGGCGGCUGCAUGAGAAGCAGCGGCAGAUCGAGGAUCUGAUGAGGAAGCUGGUGCAGGAGCAGCGGCUGGUGGAGGAGCUCAAGAUGCAGCUGGAGGUGGAGAAGAGGGGCCAGGCCGACCCGGUUCUGAGCUCCAGCGCCGUGAAGAUGGAGGGCCCGGUUCUGUCCAGCUGCUCCUCCGGCGCCGCCGUCCUGAGCCCCCAGGUGGUGAAGCUGGAGGACGUGACGUUGUCGGCCGGGAAGCCGGUGCAGCUCCAGACCCAAACACAGAUCAUCGCUCAAAUCCAGAACCGGGCCGGCCCCCCGCCGGCCCCCCAGGGCCAGCCCGCGGCCCCCGGCCUGCAGCAGUUCUUCAUCAGCCACCCUGCCGGGGUCCUGGGUCAGCCGCAGGCGCUGCUGACCGCAACGGGCCAGACCACAACCCAGAUCUUCGUCCCGGUCUCGCUACCGAACAGCGGCGCCAUCCAGCUACCGAACAGCGGCGCCAUCCAGCUAGCGAACAGCGGCGCCAUCCAGCUACCGAACAGCGGCGCCAUCCAGCUACCGAACAGCGGCGCCAUCAGUCUGCAGCCGGUCCUCCCGGCGCCGUCCUCCGGUCCGGGUCUGGUCCAGAACCCUCUUCCUCAGCUGCAGAGCGCCAACAUGGAGGUCUCAGCCAAUCAGCAGCCGCCGCUUCUGCAGACUCUGACGCUGUGCAGCGGCCCGGCCGCUCUGGGGAACCAGAACCGGACCGAGCCCAACCCUCAGCGCUUCCUGCAGCGUUCUCCAGAGAGCAGAGCGUCUCCCCACACGUCCCCCAACCACCAGGCGGCCAACGGCCCACUGAGCAAGCAGACCUUCGUCCUGCAGCCGACCAGGGAGCCGCCCCGCUACGAAGACGCCGUGAAGCAGAGCCGCAGCCUGCAGGCCGCCGGCCAGGUUCCCACGGCAACCAGCCAGCACAUGGAUGAUUUGUUCGACAUCCUGGUGGAGAGUGGAGAAAUCCCUCCCUUCCUGCAUCAGGAUGCCGCCGGCGCUCUGAGUAAGACUCACCCGGUGACGGCGAGCAUCACUACGCUUCCUGUGGGCUCGGCGCUGUCCCGCUCGCCGCCUCGGGUCCAGCUGGGCCCGCCGGUUCUGGACCCGCCGGGUCUGGACGGCCAGCUGGAGGCCUUCUUGGAGCGGACGCUGGCGGAGACGGCGCCGGCGUCGGACCCGCGGACCCGGGGCUUGAUGGAGGAGCUGCGGAGCCAACUGGCCGACCCGUUCGUUCCCAUGGAUACCACGGACCUGUCCUUCUCUGACCCGGCCGGGUCAGCGCUGAGCCUGGCGCUGUUCGACCCGAACCUGGACGGCAUGGAGUGGCUGGAGGGCCCCGCCCCCCCGGGGCCCGCCGGGUUCCCCGCCGAGUUCCUGGAGCCGCAUGACAUGCAGCUGCACUUCGACUGACCCGACCAGAACCGCCGACCCAAACGGGCUUCAACUUCCUGAAGUCAGGAUUCUACUGGAACCGAAUGAAGACGAGGAGGAAGGUUCCUGUAAAUACGGUUUGGACCCGGACAGAGCCACCGGGUUCUUCUGGGUUCUCCGACCCGGUCCGGUUCAGUUUGGUCCCAUCACAACCGCCCGUCUCCUCUCGUCCGUCUGGAUCAGAACUAUGCACUAAAGAAGCGCCGCUUCCCCUCGGGACAAACCAAUGUGAACGCCGCCUGGUUGCCAUGGAGACACAGGGGUCCGCUCGCCAACUGAAUGUAGUCCUAAAGACGCCGACCCGAAAACAGCAGCUUCUUCGUCCUGAUGAGAAACCAGAGACUGAGAAGGUUCUGGUGACCCGGUUUGCUUCGUUGCGAGACGACCAACAGAAAGUCAAAGCUACGGUGGCCUGUAAGGUGAUUUUCUGCCAAAGUAUUCACACCCUCUGCAGCUGCAGUCGGUUUCUCUCAUAUCAAAGUUCUAGAUGAAAAAGUUUUUCCAGAUCAGAUGUGAGCAGGUUCUGACCUCCGUGGCAUGAUGCUGCCACCGCCGUGUCUCCAACGGCUCCGAUUAUUACAGCAGCUCAAAGAUUUCAGGCUGUUUAAAAAGUCAAGAUCAAGUAAAACAGAAAUCUGAAGUAUUUCAAAGUUUUUAUUUUUCUGGUGGAAAAAUAAAAUAAUUAUGAGGGAAAAAAUCAUGACAGCAAAUCAUAAUAAAGGGAAGCAUAAAAAGAAAUGACAAUAUGAUCAAUUGUUUUUCUAUCAAGCAUUUCUGUAAGUGUUUCAUAUGAAUUAGAGGAAAUAUAAAAUCAAACAA